AUGUAUAGUGUUGUACGCUCUACAUGUAUCAAGCUCAUUUUUGGCUACGUCUUCCUUCACUGUAUGCAAACCGGCCUGAUGGCUACGAUAGCAGUCGACUUACUCAUUUCAAUCACAUUCCCUCUAUGGCAUCGUGUGACCAGGAACAAUAUUUAUGUAUCUCUUAUUUCAAUUCCGUCUGCUCUCUAUGGGUUAUUGUCAGUGAUUCUCGGAUUUCUAAUGACUAAUGAUGAUCACGUCAAUCUGUGCAAUCCACCAUCAAGCUUGUACGGAAAAGCGAAAAGUUUCUGGUAUAUUGUGGCCUUCAUAGCCGGAGGUAAACGGCACAUCAAUCAGCCACAAGAUUUUGCCCGACGCACGAUGAGAAGCAUGAGUAUAAUCGUAGUGAUAUUCCUCUGCACAAGAUUCCUCGCUACAGUUGGAGCGAACAUUCUAAAUAUGGGAAAUGUCGACCCGCAUACUGUGGAAUUGUUCCAGAAUUACUGC